UAGUCAAAACCAAGGAUGGAGCAGUCAUCCGACAGACAGGAGCUUCUACAGAAUGCUGUGUUGUUCUUGAAUGAUCCCAAAGUGCAAUCCUCCUCCCUCAUAUCACGCAUACAAUUCCUCGAGUCCAAAGGGCUCACGGAGCCUGAAAUACAACAAGCUCUUAACCAAGCUGCAGGGGAGCCAUCCGUACAGGCUGCAGGUCUCGGCAUAGGAUCAGGUUCUGGCAAUGCCCCGCCUGAGAGACCGAGAGACCCGGCUCCGAGAUAUGGUUAUCAACAGGCGUAUGCGGUAGCACCUGAGCCACCGAGAAGAGACUGGAGAGAUCUCUUUAUCAUGGCAAUGGUCUCCGGAGGUGUGGUGUAUGGUAUCACGGCGCUUGCUCGGAAAUACCUCGUGCCCCAUCUUCGUCCACCAUCCACAACAGCCUUCCAAGAGACAUCCACCUCUCUCACAUCUCAAUACGACGAAGCCACGCGUCUCCUCGGCGAGCUACAGAGCGAAACGACCAAACUGCAGACCAACAUCGAGGCAGAUAAAGAAAGAGUGAACACUGUUGUCGGCGAUGUCGAAGAUGCACUGCAAUCUUUGCGAGAUGGAGAGGAGAGGUGGAGGGGUGAAAUGAGGGACAUCCGUGGAGAGGUCGAAAGUGUGCGAGAGCUGGUACCGAAGAUGAUCGAGAAACACGCCCAGUCCCAAUCGACAGCUCUGGCAGACCUUCAAUCAGAAAUCCGAUCCCUCAAAACUUUGCUGGCUUCGCGACAAGCAGCCAUCUCGUCUCCCUCAGGGUCCAAUGGCAAUCUUCCCUCCCAUUCUGGGACUGGCCAAAACGUCUCUACACCCACUACCCACGCUGCAAACGCUCUUCUAGGCCCCAGAGCUGGCAGAGCGAGCAUCCCAGCAUGGCAGAUGGCCCCCACAAGUAGUGCCAGUGCUGGCGGGGCAUCCAGUCCCGGGGGCAGAGUCAGCCCUGCCAAGGAAGAGACGGACAAGGAGGCCGUGGGGUCCGAAUGAGCAUAGUAGUUGUA